UGACUUCUGGUUGCGCGCACGCGCAGUUGAGCACUAGCGUCCGGCGCCGAGCUGUGUGAGGAACGUUUUACCGACUCUCCGUCUUGAGUCUUUUUUGCUAGCUGAUACGUAGAGGUGUGAAAUAUGAGUGAGCAAUUGAAGACACCAUUUAAACUUAGAGGAGGAGAUGAUGAUAAAGUACCUUUGCUGCCUGAGCUUGUGGGGCCUACUGAGCAACCUCAAAAAGAGGAACCACCAACUGAGAUGGAGGCUGUUAAGCCUGGUCAAGACAAAAAGGAUGGAGCAUCUGUGAUUGAAGACCGUGAUCUGGAAGCUAUUAAGCAGGAGCUGACUCAUCCAAGAACUGGACGUGAUCGUGGAGGUGAGCCUCAUGCCAAGGGGAGGAGCCUGAUUAAUCUGGAGCCCAUUAAAAUGCCGGAGUUAGAUGAAGAGCAGCUGAAGUUCUAAAUGGAGACCAACUGAGACCAAUACAUGCUACUACUCAUACUAUGUUGGAAAUCUCACUAUUAAAAAUGUCUCAAUAAAGGUUUUGUGCU